UAACUGGUGUUCACUCCAUCUCAUUUUGAUGAAGAUGAUGCAAAGCUCUGCAGGACCGGUGACAUGGACCCCAUUUGGGCUGUUGCUCUGGGUUUCCGUCUUUCAAAGUAUGGCAAUGUCUGAAGCACGAGAAAACCAGACUCGAAAGGUGCGCUCUUAUGACCUGACGCUGGAUCCGCCCCCCUCGAUGGAACCUGACAUGUCAUUCUGCGAUAUGUUGCUUGGGGGUCCGGAACCAGCUCCCAUCGAAAGUGUGCCCUGGUACUGCAUCUGCUCUCACUGCAAGGGCACAGUCGGACCCAAGGGCGAGCAGGGGGACCGGGGCCUUCCAGGGAGUCCAGGCAGCCCAGGGAGAAGGGGCUUCACCGGGUUCCAUGGACCGCCAGGAUUCAGGGGUCGACCAGGCCUCAAGGGACAGAAAGGAGAUGAAGGAGAGAAGGGAGGGCUUGGGCCCAUGGGAUUCACUGGGCCAAAGGGAGGGCGUGGCUAUAAGGGUGAGUCAAAGCCAGAGAAAGGUCAUGCCUGCACUCAUAAAGCAUUCGUGCUGCGAUCACCCGCUCACCUCUGCUGCAUUCCGUUUGCAGGGGACAAGGGGGACCCGGGUCUGGAGGGACCUUCUGGGGAGCAGGGGCCUCAGGGGGAGCCAGGGCAGUGCCAAGAACCGUGCGAGUCCAUCCAGGGUCCGGCAGGUCCGCCAGGACUGCCUGGAGUCGCAGGACCAAGAGGAUUGCCAGGGUUAGCCGGAGCUCUGGGGGCUAAAGGCCAGAAGGGUGACACAGGUGAAAUAGGUCCUGUAGGCCAGCCAGGGGCAGGCGGUCAGAAAGGGGAGCAGGGAGUGGAGGGGGCGUGUAACUGCCAGGAUGGAGCUGAUGGUAUAAAUGGAACACAGGGACCCCCAGGUCCUAAGGGGGGCAAGGGGGAUACAGGCCUUCAGGGUGAGAAAGGUGAAACUGGAGAGAAGGGGGACAUGGGACUGAAAGGUAUGAUGGGAAUGCCAGGGCCUUGUUCACCUGCCAUCCAAUCAGCCUUCUCUGCAGCGCUGGCCACUAGUUACCCUGCCCCCAACCUCCCAGUGCCCUUUACACGCAUCUACUACAACGUUCUAGGACACUUUGACCCUGCCGGAAUCUACACAGCCCCUGUCAAUGGUACAUAUGUUUUCAGCUACCACCUAGUUGCUUCCAACAAGGUGCUCAAGGUUGGGCUGUUCCAUAACUUUGUACCUAUAGUGAAGACCACUGAGACCACUAACCUGGGAACCGCCUCACAGCUGGUGGUGUUGCAUCUGAACCGCGGCGAUCGGGUAUGGCUGCAGGUGAGGGACACCCAGAGCAACGGCAUGUACACCAGCUCCGAGAGCAGCAGCACCUUCAGUGGCUUCCUGCUCCACCCUGACACCUGUGACAUGCCAAUGUUCCGAGGCUUCCCACCAGAACCCGUUACAGGAGUGUACAGUUGGGAUGGCCCACCCACACCCUAGCCAACCAUGCCUCAACGGGUCUAAUUUCCUUCCAGACUCCUGUGUUCCAUGGGCUCCUCCCCUCCCGUGCCCCCUCGAUGUUGUGGUUUCUGUUCUAAAUCACUCAAUCACCUCUGUAAUUAAAUUUCUGUAUGACCCAAUGACACAGGGAAAUAGAGUGAGAGUGAAUGCACAUGGCCUGCAGCAUUCAUUGUUUCCUUCUCUUGUUGCGAAAGUGAUAUCUACAUUUCCUUCCUCAGCAGACAUUCCAGAAUAGAUUUCUGCCUGGUUUUCAUCAGAAAAUGCCAAUCUAACAGGGUCACUGGUAUCUGGAUAUCAUCGAUUCUAUCACAAGCUGUCUUUAACCCAUUGAAGAAUAGGUUGUUGGAAUGUUUUUUUUUUUCUUUAAAAUUUCAUGUCAGAACUCUUUCUAGAUUGCUUUCAUUUCACCAGUAGUGAAUGUUACAUCAGCAUUCUUAACUAAACAUUCUAGUCACAUGUUUGUGAUCUUACACCUUAAAGGGUUAAAUGGGUGUACCUGGGUUGCAGGUUACUGCUAAAUGUGCCAGAUGUUGGUGUUAGUCUGAGGAGGUAUGGGUCUUCAAGCAGAUGGUUAUGUGAAAGUGAUAGGGUGGGACUAAGAGGUGAAAUGAGGAAAGUGACGUCUUUAAAAGGUUGAACUCAGAGCUUCUUUCCUUUGACAUAGGACCAUAUUUACACUACCGCAUAAGACCUGUGCCUAAUGCACUACACAGGGAUUUGUGGGUUUAUUUUUAUCUAUUGUAUUUUGUUGUACGUUCCCAAUAAAAAGACAAUUCAAAUAAAAAGUUAAAACCAAAA